AUGGAUAGAACUAGUGUUAGAAGAUCAUCAGUUGCACCUGCAGCAGGCGGAUCCAGCAGCAGUGGAUCAGGGACGCCUUCAGGGCAUCCAAGUAAUCGUACGAAAAGAAAAGCAAAAACAGGUUUUGCAAAGCUGAUAGAUGAAAAUGUUGUACUUAUUAUAUCAAUGAGCGAGUGCUACAUGUGCGUCACAGUGAAGAGCUUGUUGGUGUCGUUGGGGGUUAACCCGAAGCUAUCAAAGAUGAAUGAAGGUGCCAGCAGUGGUACUGGAGGACCAUGGGAGUUACCAGCAGUGUAUAUAGGAGGGAAGUACUUAGGAGGUGUUGAUAAAGUGAUGGAGAUUCAUAUAAAUGGUGAAUUAGUUCCAACGCUUAGGGAAGUGGGAGCUUUGUGGCUUUGA